AUGCAAGGCUCUUUUUAAGUGAAGGAAGCUAUAGCUGACAUCUUUGAUAAAGCAAAAGAUGUAGAUAUACAAAUCUUUGGGGUUCUAUUAGAAAUAUUCGGAAAGGAAAAAGUUUAAGACUGCAUUUAAUAUCUAUCAGACAUCGGGAAUCAGAGACAAUAAGAAUCACAAAUUUUACAACAAGUAGGGAAUUUCACACAAACUGAUACAGAAUAGAUAUUGUCUAAUUUUAGAAAUGACAUGAAGUAAAUAAGAGAUGUUUUAAGAAAAUUAAAAGAUCAUGAUUUUAAUUAUAAAGACUUUUCCUCUGAAGAAAAUGAAGAAUCAAAAUUAAAUCUAAUUAAAAGCAUAAAGGAUAAUAAAAGGAUGAUUGAAUUUCUCUAAUUUUUAGUUCACCUCACAUCUAUAGAUAACACUUUGAUAUAAUGCGGAUCUAAUUCAUUACAUAUAUUAAUUAAGAUGAAGGUUGACCUUAGAAAUUAAAAUUUUGAAAAAAUUACGAUCUAAAAUACAUCCCUAUUAGGAGCUAAUUUAGUUAGGUGUAAUUUUAGUGAAUCUUAAUUUAAAAAUGUCAAUAUAAGUGGAACAAAUCUGAAUGGGGCGUUAUUAUUUAAUUGUAAAUGGAGAGACUUACGAAUCUGUGAAGUAUAAAAAUUGCAUGGUUAUUGUGAUUGUGUGAAGACAGUUUGUUUCUCUCCUGACGGAAAUACAUUAGCUUCUGGUAGUGCUGAUAAAUCAAUUCGUCUUUGGGAUGUCAAAACAGGAUAAUAAAAAGCCAAAUUAUAAAUACAUAGAGGAAGUGUUUGGUCAGUCGGUUUCUCUCCUAAUGGAAAUACAUUAGCUUCUGUAGAUGGUAAUGGGACUGUUAUAUUAUGGGAUAUUAAAACAAGAAAGAAAAGAGCCAAAUUAGAUGGUCAUCGUGGAACUGUCUACUCAGUCUGUUUUUCUCCUGAUGGAAAUACAUUAGCUUCUGGUAGUGAUGAUUACUCUAUCCGUCUAUGGGAUGUCAAAACAGGAUAAUAAAAAGCCAAAUUAGAUGGUCAUACUAGAGAAAUUAUGUCAGUCUGUUUCUCACCUGAUGGAAAUACAUUAGCUUCUGGUAGUGGUGAUAACUCUAUCCGUCUAUGCGAUGUCAAAACAGGAUAAUAAAAAGCCAAAUUAGAUAGUCAUACUAAUAAUGUCAAUUCAGUUUGUUUCUUACCUGAUUGAAAUAAAUUAGCAUCUGGUAGUAGUGAUAACUCAACCGUCUAUGGGAUGUAAAGAAUGGAAUAGAAAUUUAAUCCGAUGACAACAAAUAUAAAGAUAUUCCUACCUAGUUUAAGAUACCACUUUUUUAGAACAAACUUCUACCAGGUAUUUAUUAAAUUAUUAUCUUUUAGAAUCCAACAAUAUUACAAUUCAAAGAAUCUCUUAAACACCAUUAUUUUAAGCAUAAGGAGCUUUGAUUUUGAAAGGAGAAUUUGUAAAUUAUAAAGGAUACAAUUUAAGAUAUUUAUUAAAAUCAAAAGGAUACUGCUUUUUAGAAGACUAUAAGAAAAUGUGA